UCCCGAUCGUCGUCAGUGGAUUUUCUAAUUUUAACCGGCCAUCAACCAGGUUGGUUUUCUCGAACCGCUGCCAUGGUUUGACAUGGGGAAUACGCAGGCCAAACCUCAUCCAAGGAGCAGAAACAAAAAACAAGUCCACUGGAAAGCAGCAGGUAAUAAUGCAUUUACCCCGUGCUUUGGAAAAGUAAAUAGCUUUGAUUUAGAUCGACCUGCGCCUCCAGGCAAACCGCAGCUGAUAUCCGAUGCCGAAACACUCCCCGACUUGAUAACUAUCCGUUGGGGCCGGCCACCCAACGAUGGAGGCUCGCCAAUAUCUAGCUAUCUGGUGGAACACCGACGAGUCGGUUCCCCGCACUGGGUACGGGCAACUCCCUUGCCGGUUCUAUUUCCAGAACUUACGCUAAGCGGGUUAGAACCUGGAUGGAGGUACCAGUUCAGGGUGCGAGCUGAAAACGCGGUGGGGUAUUCGGAUCCAGGCGAGGUAUCCGACGCGAUCACCGUCACCCUGCAGAGAUCCGCAGUGACCGCUCCGAAGUUCACCCAAGAGGUCCAAGACACGGUGGCUCUCGAGAACGACAAAUGCGAAUUUGUGGUCCAUUUCAUGAGCCAGCCGGCACCAAGGAUAUGUUGGUUCAAGGACGGGUUCGAAAUAUUCAGCAGCAGACGAAUACGAAUCUUGACCGAAAACGAUCGAAGCGUUUUGACGAUUCACCAGACGUCGUUGUCCGACGAAGGUGAAAUCAAAUGCACGGCUACCAAUAAAGCCGGACACGUGUCCACUAAGGCGAAAUUAACCGUCGAAGCGCCGCCCAGUAUAAGACUGCCGCGGCAGUACGAAGAAGGGUUGCUUUUCGAGAUAGGAGAGAUAAUAAGGCUCAAAGUUUCGGUGGUGGGUCGCCCUGUACCGUUGGCCUUUUGGACGCAUAACGGCGAAUCGAUUCACAGCGACGAUCGCUACGAAAUAGAGUACGCGGACAGAUCAUUUUCUUUGAAAAUUGCGGACGCUUCGCGCUCAGAUAGGGGUGAAUACCAAGUAAAAGCUGUCAAUAAGCUUGGUGAAAAUACCGCGUCGUUUUUGGUGACGGUGACCGAUAAGCCGUCGCGGCCGGGUAGAGCUCGGGUAGUGAUGACGCUGGGCAAGUCGGUGACUCUCUCCUGGACCAUGCCAGAGGACGACGGUGGUUGCAAAAUAGGAAACUACAUAGUGGAGUAUUACAGACUUGGUUGGGAUGUGUGGUUGAAAGCUGCAACCUGCCGACAGCUCACUACCAUUCUUGGAGAUCUCAUCGAAGGUAGUGAGUACAAAUUCAGAAUCAAAGCCGAGAGUCCUUACGGUAUAAGCGAGCCCAGCGAGGAGUCCGACACCGUCUUCAUUCCGGACCCGAAAAGAGGUAUGGUCCAUCCUCCGUUAAGAGGGCGCAGUCAGCCAAAGGACGUUACCACCAGUGUUAGCACCCCCGUCGCUGCAAAGAGAACUCGGAAGAGAUCGCAGUCAUCUUCGAGAACGGAGCUUUCGGAAUCACCACCGGAAGUACCUGUUCGCCCGGAACGCUACAAAAUUAAGAGCCCACCUAAAACUCCUGAAAUGUCACCCAUGCUUCCGCGUAAGGACAAUUCGCAGAUAAACAGAACCAUAAUCGAUAGGGCUUCAAUCGCGAGGGAGUUGGCGUAUGGAAGUCCGGAAAUCAGAGUAAAAAAAGAAUCAGUAUCGCCGCAACCAAAUAUCAGCAAGUCAACCACACCAAGUCAGGAUCGUAAGAUCGAUAAUGCGGACCAUAAAAUAUACAAAGUAAAAAUUGAGCCUCCAAUGGACGAAUCCAAACCCGAGUUACCCCCGAAGCAGAAGUCUCCAAGUCCGGAGCCGAAAAAGAAGUUAAUCAGAGAACAUAGCGCCACCGUAUCCGGAAGUUCAGAGUUCAUGCUUGUGUUGUACUCCGAUGAAAAUGAAAAAGGUCAAUCGGAUAUGUUCAAUUUUGACGAAAACUGCGUACCUCCGCCUCUGUCUUUGUCUGCUCCGGAGCUGGGAGCCGAUCCUCCUCAAUUGUACCCUAUCAAAAAUUCGGCCAGCUCUACUGAACUGCUACAUACCCGAGCGAUGAUGAGGUUCUAUCAAGCUGCAGAAGCGGAAGACGCGGAACUGACGAAAAUUCCUAAGGCCGGCGAAAGGCGAAAACUUAGUCUAGACAUACCCAGGAUUCAAAUUAACUCCAAGGACGAAGAAGAAAUCGUAGGACUGGAAAGGAAAUAUGCUGUCCGACGAAAGUCGUCCACCGGUUCGUUGGGUCAGCAGCACGCUCUCUGGGCGCAAAGGAGGCACAGUUUAAAGAGCUCCACCGAAUUAAAAGAAAAUUCUAUUCAGAGUAAUUUAAAACACUCCCCAAAUACGCAGCUGUCUAGUUCACGUGAGUUGGAGGAAGAACAGUUCGAGAAAAUUAGGCAAAAAACGAAAUUAGAAUCCCAAGCUAGUUUCGAGAAGAAAGCCGUCACCAUAGCCGAGGAGGCGAGGUGGAUGGAGGAAUACGAGGAGAGUCUUUCGGAGUCCUCGGCCGAAUCGACGGACUCUGAAACUGAGAGGUUCAAAUUUAACGUCAUGACUUCGAAAAGAAUACCGCAAGACGAGGGAUUUGAAGACGAAGACGAUACGUAUCAUCCCAGCGGGUCCAUACGAACUCUAAAGAAAAAAGAUAGCGAACCUUUCCAGAUACUAACCAAGCGGAAGGAGCCUCCGGAUCCGAGUUUUGUACCCAAGCCGAUUCUUAAAAAAGCCGAUUACGACGUUUCACCUUUGGUCUCGCCUUCUGUGUCCCCACCGACAUCGCCGGUAAAAGUGGCAAGAUCGCUGUCGCCCAGGCCCGACAUCGUUCUCCAAAGAAACCGAUCGAAAUCGUUGGCAAUUCCCGUUUUGUCGCCACUGUCCUCGUCCAAUGAGGAAAUUAACGAAAUUCCCUACAAAAGAGGCCGGUCUCUUUCGCUGACCACAAAUAAAUUACCCGAACAGAAAGACUUUCCCAAGCCCCAAAAGAAAACGUCAUCCGCGUUACUAUCAAGUAUAUCAAAAGUGGCGGAGAUAUCCGGAAUUACCGCCGCUAGCAUAGUAAUACCAGAAAAAUUGCUAGAAAGAAGAAAGGACGCAGAGGAAGCGAAGGUAGUGGCUGACCACUAUGGAGACAUCGUUAGGAAUUAUGGUCAGAGACGGAAGAGUAGUCCGCAGAUCUAUCUGAAUAGGGACGAUUUGAAGAAGGCUGCGGCGAAUUUGGAGACACCGCAAGAGGAGGAGCUGAGUAGUAAGGAAGAACCUUCUUCAAAGGAAAACUUGAGCAACGACAGCGGCUAUCAGAGCGGGUACAAGAUGACCAAUUUUACCGACCAUUUUAGGCCACCUACGAAUGCAGGAGCGGCCAGUGUAAUCCAAAAGCCAGUGACCCAGACUAACCACGAAGCGGAGGAAAUGGUAUCAAGAGGUGAACAAACGCAAAUCCAAGAAACAAGUACAAGAGGUUCUAUCCAACUAACCAUCGAAAAUAGCAGCAAGGGUAGAAAGAGUUCACCUUCACCGCUAGGUCGAAGGGCAGUGACACGAUCCAAAUCGCCAUCGAAAAGGUCCACAAGCGUAACUCGGAAACCCUUUUCAACUCCUGCGGCGGCAAAUCCUCUCGAGACUAUGAAAAAAUCGCGAAAAACAUCUCCGUCGCCGAGGCGAAAAAUCAUUUUAAGUCCAAGCAGCUCUGAAUCGCCGUCACCAACAUUGUUUAGCCGUAAACCUAAGCUAAAAGAGAUAAUGACCCAAACAUCAGUAGGUCUCGAGUCUUCUUCUGCUGCAAUAGACAAUACGGAUGACAAAAUAAGGCGUGACGUACUUAUGGCGAAAGCUGAGGUUAAAGUUAGGGGUUUGGUGGAUUAUCUGACGGAUCUAGCAAUGCUAGCCGUUGCGUGUUGGUUAUAUUUUUAUAAAAACGAGUUGUUGGCGAUCCCGGUGCUACUUAUUAUGAUGUACAGACAGUUGAAAUGUGAAAUAGGUAAAAGGAUUCCCAAUUGGCUGACGAAGAGAUUGAAGAAAAAACAAACGGAAAGCGGCACUUAAUGAACACCACUAUUUUGAUAUUUCUUUUAACUAUUUUACUUAAUAUGAAGCACUAGUUUUUGGGCUGAACGGAUUUUCACAAGUCUCGGUCUCCGUCACAGAGUUAUUUUUGUCGUAGUAUUAAAACAAUAGAUUUUUUUGGUAGCUGUAGCCUGAAUGAUUACCAUGCGUGAGACCCGAUUCUGACGUAAUCUAAUCUUUAACGUUAUUUGAAAUCUAUGAUUUCCUUAGAAUUAAAAAUUGUGUAAAUAUAUUUAUGUAUACGAUGCACGUUUCCUAAUAAAAUAAAUGUGAAA